AUGGGAAAUGAUAUGUCAAUAGGCAAGUAUUCUGAUUUAGAAUCUAUGAAAAAAUAUACUGAUUUUUCUCCAGGAUAAGUAGAUAUAAUUAGAGAAAAAUUUGAUCUUAUGGCAGACGAAGAUUUAACCAUUUCGAAAGAUUAAUUUGGAAAAUUGAUGAAAAUUCCUCCUUAAGAAGUAGAUAGAAUUUUUGAAUAUUUUGACACAGACUCUAGUGGAAGGAUAGAUUCAUAUGAGUUUAUUUCAGCUAUUGCUUUACUAUCUCAAGCUCCAUUAAAAAGAAAAGCAGAAUUGAUAUUCAAUUUAUAUGACUUUGACAAGAAUCAAACUAUUACUUAAAACGAAUUGGUUAUUUUACUAAAGACAACUAUGUCUUCAUUGAAUUCAAUGUGCGGAAAGGAAGAAGCUACUAUUUAAUAAGCAGAAGCUAAAACAAAAGAAAUUUUAUCAAAAUAUGAUACAAAUAAGGAUGGAAGUAUUUCUCUUAAGGAAUUUUAAUCAUUUGUAUCAAAAGAUUCUGAUAUUUUGAGAGUCCUUACUAGCUAUGGUCUUAUAUCUAAGGAAGAUUUAAGACAUGAUUUUGGUGGCAGUGAUGAUCUUCCUGAUGCAGAUUCUGAUUUAGAAGAAGAAAUAGGGAAAGCAAAUGUUGAUAGAGAUGAUAGAAUCGAAAGAAUUAAAAACGGUAUUGAGCAUUCAUAUGUAACUGACGAAGAAAAGGCUUUAUAUGAGAAAUAACUCAAUGAAGAUAAGAAUUCUUUCAAGGAAUAAAAAUAUUGGUAGAAAAUUAUUGGCAAUACUGUAAGGCCAGACGAAAAAUCAAUUAGAUAUGACAGUAGUGCUCCUCCUGUUAAUAUGAGCAUAGAUCAUAUUUAUGGAUAUCGUUGUUAUGAUACAAGAAAUAAUAUAAAGUAUAAUUUAAAUAAAGACUUAGUCUAUCAUCACGCUGCUGUAGGAAUAGUUUAAAGGCCAAAUGAAUAAUAAAACUUUUAUUUAGAGCAUACAGAUGAUAUUACUUGUAUUGAUACUGCAGGAAAUUUAGUCAUCACUGGUCAAUUAGGAGCAAACCCUUUGAUCUGUGUUUGGGAUUCUACUAAUUUAGAAACUAAAUUUGUGUUUAAAGGAGUGAUCAAGAAUGGUGUAUCAAGUGUUGCAAUAAGCUAAGAUGGGAAAAAAAUAGCAGCUAUUUCACUUGAGAAAGAAAGUUCAAUUGUCAUUUAUGACCUUGAAAAAGCAAUAUAACAAAGAUUAAAUCCAACAAAGAGAAGCAAUGAUGAUGGUCUUUUGGCUACAGGAAAGCUUACAAAUAAAGAAGUUUUUGAUGCUAAAUUUGAUAAGCAAGGAAAAACUGUUAUUGUAGCCAGCAUAAAUGACAUUCUUUUUGUAACUUUUGAUAAUAACUUGAUUAAAGUUGCAAAAGGUGUUUGGAGUCAAAGUAAUCCACCCUAAGCUUGCCUUUGUAUUGGCUUUAGUGAAGUUGGCAUAGUAACAGGUAUGUUUAAAGGAUAGCUUUAUCUUUGGAAAAGUAGUAAGUUCCAUCAGGCACUACCUGCUCACAAUGGACCAGUUAGUUGCAUUCAUUCAAGGGAAGGAGAUAAAAAAGGUAUUAUAACUGGUGGAAGAGAUGGCUUUAUAAUAAUUUGGGACUCCUUACUCAAAAGUUAUAUAAAUAAAAUUGAUACAAAAGAAUUUAAGCUUUACUCCCAAAAGAUUUGCGCAGUCACAGAAGAUAUUAAACAAGAAAAUUUGGUCUUUGGUACAAGAACAUCUGAAAUAGUUGAAAUGUCUCAAUACAGUAACAAAUCUAAGAAAUUGACUCAUGGACAUUGGGAUGGAGAACUUUGGGGAUUGGCUACCUCUGCUAAUCAUCCUUAUUUUUAUACAGUAGGAGAAGAUAACUUCUUAGCUUCUUGGAACAUUGAUAAAAGAUGUAUUUCAUAAAGCACCAAACUCGAUUUCCCUGCUAGAUGCAUAGAUUUAGCAGCUAACAUUAAAUACUUAGCUGUUGGUUGCUUAAACGGUACUGUAUUGAUUAUAGAUCCAAAAAGUCUUGUAGUUAUAUUUAGCUUAAAAGAUAGAGAUCGUGCUGUCUCAUGCAUUAAAUUCUCGCCUGAUAGUGAAUUACUAGUAGUUGCUUAUGCUGAACCUUCUUGUGAAAUACUUGUUUAUGAUGCAAAAAACCAUUUCAAGCAAUAGACUAAAAUUCGUGGAUCAACAACUGCUGUCACUCACAUAGAUUUUAGCAAUGAUAACAAAAAAAUAAUUUAAUGCAAUAAUGAAGGAUGCGAAUUAUUAUUCUUUAGUUUACUUGAAAAAAAUAAAACUGGUGCCUUAGGUAAGUAGAUAUUAGACUAUAAAUAAGUUUAAGAAUUAAAAUGGAAAACUUAAAAUUGUAUUUAUGGAUACAAUGUCUAAGGCAUCUGGCCUCCAUGUUCAAAUGGAGGAGAUAUCAACACAAUUGAUUUAUCACCUAUUCGUAAUAUUUUAGUAACUGGUGAUGAUUUUAGUAAAAUUAAAGCAUUUAGAUAUCCAUGUUCAUCUUAGAAUUAGAGUUUUAAUAGAUACAGUGGUCACGCUUCUCAUGUAACUAAAGUUAGAUUUGUCAAUAGUGGAUCUGAUGAGUUUGUUAUUUCAAUUGGUGGAGCAGAAAAAUCAAUUAUUUAAUGGAAAUUUGAAUUUGACAAUGCUUCUGCUGAACUAUCUCAAGAAGUUGGAUCGGCUGAAUCUAAAGAUUAAGAAAUUGUAUUUGAUGAGGCUUCUGCAGAUAAAGGUGACUAAGCAUUAGCAGUCAAACCAUAUUUAGGAUAAAUCACUCUUAGUAUCCCUGAAUAGUAUAGAAAUAUAGAUGAAAAGAAAUUUAAUGUUUUGCCAUAAGCAUAAUUAGCUUUGAAUUAUGUUUUUGGUUUCAAAACUAAAAAUGUAAAUGAUGAUAGUAGAAAUCUUCUGAAAUUCUUGUAAAACGGAAAAAUUGUUUUCCCAGCUGCUGGUGUUGGUAUUGUACUUGAGAAUAAAAAAGACCAAAGCUUUUUCAUUAAGCAUGAAGAGGAUAUUGUUUCUUUAGCAGUUCAUCCUAAAGCAAACAUUGUUGCUACAGGAUAGAUGGCAGCAAAAGGAAAAUCUAAUUUGAUUGAUAUUUACAUUUGGGAUAGUGAAACAAAAAAUGUUUUAGGUCUCUUAAAUGAUUUCCAUACAAGAGCUGUUAGUGUUUUAGAAUUUUCCAGUGAUGGAAGUUAAUUACUUACAAUAGGUGAUGAUAACGAUCACUCUUUAGCAAUUUAUGAUUGGCAGCAAUCCAGAAUGAUCUGCAAUUCAAAAGUAGACAAAUCUGCAGUUACAUGUGCUAUUUGGAAGAAUAAUAAUGAGUUUGUAACUUGUGGUGUUAAGCAUAUCAAAUUCUGGUCUUUACAAGGACGUAAUCUGACAUCAAAAUCUGGUAUUGGUAUGGAUCCAUUUUCUGCUAUUACUUGCAUAACUUGUACUUCAAGUUCAGUAAUUGUAACUGGAUGUGCAGAUGGCAGAAUUCACAUUUGGAAUGGAAAUUCAGCUUAAAAAAGCAUUAAAGCUCAUAACAAAAGUGUAGGCAGUAUAAUAGCUACAGCAUCUAAGCCUGGAAGUAAAGAUAGCUUUGUGUACAGUGCUGGAUAUGAUGGUCUAGUAUAAAGAUGGAAAGUAGAUGGAAGCAAUAUUACUGCAGACUCUACUUUCUAAAUUGAUUUAAAUUAACAAAAUUCUUAAUUUGACCAUGCAAUUAUUUCGUUGUCCAUCGAUUCAAAAUAAGAACAAAUCUUGAUAGGAACUAAGUCUGCUGAAAUUUUCUUGGGUAAAAUAGCUUAAGGAAGUCAUCCAGAAAAAAUAUUAGAUGCUCACUAUGAUGGUGAAUUGUGGGGAUGUGCUACUGAUUCUAAGGGAGCUAGAUUCGUUACAUGUGGUGGUGAUAAAACCGUACGUAUUUGGGACAUUCCUUAAAAGAAGUAAAUUGCUUGUAGUGAACCUCUUAAUAGUGAAGCUAGAGCAGUUGAUUGGUCUCCAAUGACAGGUUCCAUGAUUGCAGUAGGCGAUACAUUAGGCUAAAUUAUUCUAUUUGAUUAAAAUCUUAAAAAACUAUGUCAAUAAACAACUAAAUUCUUUAAGCCUAUCAAUUAAAAAAAAUUGACAAAUUGGAUUGAAGAUAUUAAAUUCUCUCCUAAUGAAAAAUAUAUUGCAUUAGGAGCUCAUGGAGGUCCUUCUACAAUUGAAAUUUUUGAAAUAAAAGAAUCUAAAGAAAACGGAUCUAAAUCUAUUGAUCUUGCAAUGUCAAUAAAUGCAGGAUUGACUUCAGCUCUUACUCAUUUAGAUUGGAACACUGCUAGUGAUAAGCUUGUUGUUAAUUCAUAAGCUUAUGAGCUUAAAUUUAUUAGUUUGAAUCAAAAGAAAGAUGUUGCCUCAAGCACAUGUGCUGAAGAAGAUUGGGCUUCAUGGACUUGCACUCUUGGUUGGUUUGUUAAAGGUAUUUUCCCAGGUGUGGAUGGAACUGAUGUAAACACUGCAAAUCGCUCUAAAAAUAAAAAAAUUAUUGCAACUGGUGAUGACUUUGGAAGAGUUAACCUCUUUUAAUAUCCAGCUGCAGCUCCUAAGCAAAGCCAUCAUACUUAUCUUGGACAUAGCUCUCAUGUUACAAGAGUGAAAUUCUCUUAUGAUGAUAAAUUUUUAAUUUCAACUGGUGGAAAUGAUAAAUCAAUUUUAGUUUGGAGCACUGAAAAUAUGUAGGAUGAAGCAAGAAAACAAAAUGAAAGAUAAUAUGAAUAAUAAGAAGAUAUUUCAGAAGAAGAAAUUGGAGUUGUUACUAAAAAAGAUAAAAAGGUAGGAGCUCAAAAGUUUGGCAAAUAAGUUCAAGCACCUAAAAAGUAAUAAGAAUCUGAUGAUAUCUUUGGAGAAGAAGAUACAGAUAAGGGAGAUGAAUUUAUGGCUGUUAAACCUUGGCUAGGAGCUAUCAAAGAACCUACUACUUAUUACAAAGACCCUUUAAAUUAAUCCAAAGAACCUCCUGUAUCUCUUUAGUUAGAAUAUGUACACGGAUAUAGAGCAAAAGAUUGUAGAGAUAAUAUUAGAUAUUUGAAGUCAGGAAAUAUAGUUUACAAUGCAGCUGCAUUGGGUAUAGUUAUGGAUAUUACAAGUAACACUCAAAGAUUCUUUAAUUUACACACUGAUGACAUUACAGCAAUUGACGUACAUCCAGAUAGCAUACGUGUUGCUACAGGUUAAAUCGGUGCUAAGCCUUCUAUAUAUGUUUGGGAUAGUAAUACACUUCUUCCUCUUUGUCACUUUAAAGGCAAUUUAAAGAAUGGCAUAAGUGCUCUUUCAUUCUCACCAAGUGGUGAUAAGUUAGUUGCUAUUGCUAUUGAUACUAACCAUGAACUAGCAAUAUUCGAUAUAAAUGCAAAAAGUAAAACUGGUGGCGUUCAAAUUUUACUUGAAAAAUCUGGUCCUGAUGUAAUUACUGGGGCUAAAUGGAGAAACGAAAAUGAAUUUGCAACAGUUGGUGUUAAGCAUUUCAAAUUAUGGGCUCUUUCAGCUAGCAGUAUUAAGGGCACAAAAGGUAGCUGGGAUAGCAAAUUUACAGGUUCUACAACUAUCUUAACUGUUAAUAUUUUAGGAGAUGAUUACUUAUGUGGUGGAUCAGAUGGAUUCUUAUAAGUUUUCAAAGGAUCUUCUUUAACUAACUACAAAAAAGUACACGAUAAAGGAAUCGAUUCUGUAUUUGUCUAGGGAGGAAUGAUAUUUACAGGUGGAAGAGAUUACAAAGUUUUGGUCCUUGACAAAACUUUGAAUGUAAUUACUAAAGUGGCUUUGGAUGAAGUUCUUAAAGGACCUAAUAUUCCCUCUUUAUGCCCUGAAGUACGUUCUAUUAGCCUUUCUUCAGACUCAAAGAAUAUGAUCAUAGGAACAUAUGCAUCAGAAAUUUAUGAACUUAAUACUAAAGAUGCUAAGAUAACAUCUACCACAAAGUUUGCUCAACCAAAAAGUAUUGUCAAAGGUCAUUACACUCCAAAUAAAAAAUGGACUAAUGAAGUAUGGGGCUUAAGUACUAAUCCUCAGAAUGAAGAUAUCUUCUACACAUGCUCUGAUGAUGGUACUCUUAGAGCCUGGUCUAUUAGUUAGAAGAAACAAGAUAAAUGUAUUAGAACAAUCUUAGAUUCUAAUAAUUCUGAAAUUCCUCCAAAUAAUUAAACUGGAGAUUUAUCUGACUCUGUUAAGGGACGUUCUAUUGCUGUAAACUGCGAUGGUUUUGUUGCAGUAGGAUUUAAAGAUGGCUCUAUUAGAUUAUAUGAUAGUAACCUAUCGCAAUAAGUUUACACUAAAUAGGCUAAAGAAUGGAUUUCUGAUUUGAAGUUUUCUCCUGAUGGUUCUAUGUUAGCUGCAGGAUCUCAUGAUAACGCAAUUUAUAUUCAUCUCAUGAACGAUCUUAAAUAAAAAGUUAGACCUCUCAAAAAACACUCUUCAUAUAUUACUCACAUCGAUUUUUCACUUGAUGGUAAUAAUCUACAUUCUAAUUGUGGAGCAUACGAGUUAUUAUUCUGGGAUGUUAAUACCGGAAAAUAAAUUCCUUCAGGAGCUACUCAAUUUAGAGAUGAGAAAUGGGUUUCAUGGACAGCUACACUAGGGUGGCCUGUAUAAGGUAUUUGGCCAGAAGCAGCUGAUGGUACAGAUAUAAACGCUGUUGAUAGAAGUAAUUCAACAUAUUCUAGAAAUGAUACACCACCUGAUAAUUACUAUCUCUUGGCUACAGGUGACGAUUUCUCAUAAGUAAAUAUAUUCAGAUAUCCUUGCAUUAAGAAAGGAUCCAAAGCUGUAGUUGGAAAAGGUCAUUCAAGUCAUGUCACUAAUGUUAAAUUCUCUAAAAACGAUGACUACUUAAUUUCUACUGGUGGUGAGGAUAACUGUGUAUUUUAAUGGAAGGUUAUUAAACAAAAAUGA